AUGCGUUUCAUCAGCUCCAUUCUCGCAGUGAGCUUUCUGUUGACGGCAAAUGCCGAAAACUGGGAAGGCGUUCCUACUGUUGGCCAGGAUGUCAACGGACUGAAGUAUAUGGGCUGUGCUAUCGAAAUACCUGGUCGUGUCCUCACUGGGCCGUCCUUCUCAGACGAUUCGAUGACCAUUGAGGCCUGCUCUCAGUACUGUACCAACAACUUCUUCACUCUCUCCGGUGUUGAGUACGGCCGAGAGUGCUACUGCGGCAAGUACAUUGCCCCACCAGCACUCUUGCCAGGCACCCCCAGUCAAUGCGAUAUGACUUGCAAGAACAACAAAGCGAUAAGCAAACAACGCUGUGGUGGUUACGGCCGCAUGGCUGUAUUCAACAACACGAACUAUGCAGGGCCUGGCUCAAUGAAAAACUACAAUUCCUGGAGUUACGAUAGCUGCUACAUGGAGCCGCAAUGGGGUCGUGCCCUAACGAACCAAGUCAAAGCCGAGGACACCAUGACAGUUCAAAAGUGUUUGGAUGCCUGCACCAACGGUAAAUACAAAUACGCAGGACUUGAAUAUGGCCGUGAGUGUUGGUGUGGCAAUACCAAGGCCGGCAACCUUGAGGAUGCGAGCGAUCCCAGUUGUGCAAUGCAGUGCGACAUGGUCUGUGGUGGUAACCAUAGUCAGAUGUGUGGCGGGCGCGGCGCGAUCAAUCUCUACAAGACAAGCCAGGUGUAUCCUAGAAACCAGGAUUGGGAGGAUUAUCACGACUACGGCCAUGGCCCCACGAAGAGAGAUGUGGAUGUUGCGGCAAGAAAGGGGCGCUUCAUAAAGGUCAGACGCUCAUCGCGCUUAUCGAUGAAUAUCUGA